AAGCCAAGGCUAAUUCAGCCUAUCUUGUUCUAUAACGGUAGCCCGGUUAUCUCGUUAGGAGAUUUUGUUAGUCCCGAUUUUACCGUUGCAUGACGAAGAUGUCUCAUCAAGUUCAAACAAAACAAGGUGUUUUAGAAGGAAAAGAAAGAACCGAUUUUUUUGGGGGAAAAUAUUAUAGCUUCAGAGGAAUUCCUUAUGCUAAACCGCCAGUUGGAAAAUUAAGAUUUAAAGCUCCUUUACCUCCUGAGCCAUGGAAUGGAAUAAGAAAAGCUAUUGACGAGCAAGAAGGUUGUUAUUGUUUCGAUACCAUGGAAAUGAAGAUAAUUGGAAAAGAAGACUGUCUUUAUCUCAAUGUUUACACUCCACAACUACCAAACGGUAAGGGAUUCACCCCAAAAGCAGUUAUGGUUUUUAUUCACGGUGGAGGAUUCACUUCUGGGUCUCCAACAGAAAAACUUUACGGUGCCGAUUAUUUAGUAAACCAAAAUGUUGUUCUUGUAACAAUCGCUUAUAGAUUAGGAGUAUUAGGAUUUUUAUCAUUAAAAGAUCCUAAUUUAAAGAUACCAGGUAAUGCUGGUAUGAAAGAUCAAGUUAUGGCUUUAAAAUGGGUUCAAGAGAACAUAAAAAGUUUUGGUGGUGAUCCCGGAAAUGUAACAAUUUUUGGUGAAAGUGCCGGAGGGGCUUGCGUUCAUUAUUUAAUAAUGUCCCCAAUGGCUAAAGGUCUUUUUCAUAAAGCCAUCAUUCAAAGUGGAACCGUUAUGGAUCCUUGGACAAAAGGGAAACCAUUAGGGAUGGAGUUUUGUCACUAUUUAGACAUAGAUCCAAGUGAUGAAAAUGAAAUGUUAACAGUGUUGUUAAAAAUGCCCGUUGAAGAUUUACUAACCGCUCAACUAUCAAUGAGAGAUACAAUUCAAUGUGACACUUUAAGAUAUAUUGCCCCGGUUGUUGAAAAAUCAAAAAAAAACGCAUUUUUGAGUGAAGAUCCAAUCGAUUUAUUGAUACAAGGGAAAUAUAAUAAAGUUCCAAUUUUAAUGGGUUAUAACUCAAAAGAAGGAUUAGUUUGUGGGUAUUUACCUGGAGCGGUACCACGUGGAAAUAAUUUAGAAGAGUUCAUUCCUUAUAAUAUGCGUUUGGAUAGAGGCUCUCACUUCGCUAUGACUAUUGCAGCCAAAUUAAAAGAAUUUUAUUUUCCCAAUGACACCAACAUUUCAGGGGAUCCACUCUACGAUUUGUACACAGACACACUAUUUUCAAGAGGAAUUUACAAAUCAUCACUUUACCACGUCGAAACAUCCCAAAAUCCGGUUUAUUUAUACAAGUUUUCAAUGGAUGGCGAUCUAAAUGUUUUAAAACACUUUAUACAAGCCGGAAAAGAACCGGGGGCUUGUCACGGUGAUGAAUUAGGUUAUUUGUUUUCAAAUGCUUAUAAAAAAGAUGUUCCAAAAAAUUCGAAAGAAUAUAAAGGAAUUUUGAUUAUGAUUCAUUCUUGGACGAAUUUUGCUAAAAUUGGAAAUCCAAAUGGAAACGGGGACGAAAUAAUUAACGUUGAAUGGAAACCCGUUACUAAAGACAAAAUUAAUUUUAUGGAAUUAGAUUUUGAUUUGAAAAGUGGCGUUUAUCCCGAUAAAGAAAGAAUGGAAUUGUGGAACGAAAUUUUUAAAAUGAAAUCACACACCAUGAAAUAUUAAUUUUAAAUGCACGUCUUUUGCUUUGUUUUUGAUGUACUUUGAAUAAACAAUGAAGGUUAAUCUCGCUUAA